AUGGUUCGAAGACGCAGCAGCAUCAGCUCCGUCGCAGUUCUCCUGAGCUUGUUGCUCGGCGCUGCUGCUCAGUACGACAGCUGCGUCAACGGCACGAUCGACGACAUCGGUAACGGUCGCUGCGACGCGGAGAACAACAGCCCAUCCUGCGGCUUCGACGGCGGAGACUGCUGUUCAUGCACGUGCACCGAUACUGUGCUCUACUCGUGCGCCGACAACGAAUUCGACUGCCUGUACCCCCUGUGUGGUGACGACUCAGCAGCCUCGGAGGAGGAAGCUUGUGUUGAGGACUGGCAGAGCGACGGUUUCUGCGACGAUGUGAACAACAACUAUUCAUGCGGCUACGACGGAGGAGAUGUGUGUGCACGUUGUGUCAAUCCGCGAAACGCUGCGGGGUGUCUGUACAUAGUGACUCCUUAG